AUGGAAAUAAAAGAUAGAAAUAAAAGUUAUGAAAGAAAUAAUGGGGAUGUUGCAGUUAUUGGUGUUGGUUUUAGAGUUCCAAGUGGAGAUUUAACAAAAUCAAUUUCAAAUACAAAUGAAUUAUGGAAUGGGUUAUCGAGUGGAUUCAAUGGUAUCGUAGAAACAUCUGAAAGAUGGUCUGAUAACUAUGCUGCUACAGGUGAUAUCAUUUGUAAAUAUGCUGGUCUUAUUCCACUUGAUGAAUGGAAAUCUUUUGACCCUAUUUUCUUUGGUAUCCAUCCAAAUGAUGAAAAUGUCAGUUCUAUCGAUCCUCAACAAAGAAUGCUUUUAAAAUGUACAUGGGAAGCAUUAGAAGAUAGUGGAAUAGAUCCAAUAACAUUAAGAGGUUCAAACACAAGUACUUUUAUGGGUUCUUCUACUAUAGAUUAUAAUACUAUAAACAAAUCUCCUUUUGAAACUCAAAGUAAUAUUUUCGGAUCCACAUCUCAUUCAGUUGCCAAUAGAAUAUCAUAUUGCUUCGAUUUUCGUGGAGAGUCACUUACUAUUGAUACUGCAUGUAGUUCAUCAUUAAAUGCUAUUAACCUUGGUUACAAGUCAAUUAAAGAGGGAAUUUCAGAUUUAUCUAUCGUAGGUGGUGUUAAUUUUAUUAUUGAUCCUCAUUUUUCAAAAUCAUUUACCCAGUUAGGUUUAUUAAGUCCAACUGGAAGGUGUCACUCAUUCUCAUCAGAUGCUGAUGGUUAUGUGCGUUCAGAGAGUGUUGGAGUUGUAGUGUUGAAGAGUUUAGAACAAGCAAUCAAAGAUGGUAAUAACAUUUAUUGUGUUAUCAAAGGCUCAAGUUCAAAUGUAGAUGGUAACUAUGAUAAAUCAAACUUUUAUUCACCAUCAAAAUCAUCACAAUAUGAAAAUAUUAAAUCAGCAAUCGAAUCUACCAAUGGUCAAAUAAAUGCAUCAGAUGUUGAUUAUGUUGAGUGUCAUGGAACUGGUACACCAACUGGAGAUCCAAUAGAACUAGAAGGUAUUUCAAGAAUAUUCAAAGAUACGGACAAACAAGUUUUAAUUGGUUCAAUUAAAUCAAAUAUUGGUCAUGGUGAAGCAUCAUCAGGUGUAAUAGCCUUAAUCAAAUGUUGUGUCAUGUUUAAAAACCAAUCGUUUGUUCAAAAUAUCAACUUUAAAUCACCAAAUCCUGAUAUCAAAUUUGAAGAAUGGCGUCUAAAAGUUGUAACUGAACCAACACCAUUCGAUAACAAUAAAAAUACUGUUAUGGCAAUUAAUAACUUUGGUAUUACUGGUUCAAAUUGCUGUAUUAUUUUAUCAGGUUACACUAUUAAAAAAGGUCAAAACUCAAAAAUAAUAAAAAAGUAUUUAAUACCAUUUUCAUCCAACUCAUCAAUAUCAUUAGAUAAUUAUAAAAAAAUAAUUAUCAAUCAAUCAGACACAUUUGAUUUUAAUCAAUUUGCAAACAAUCAAAUCAAAUAUAAAUCAACAUCUCUUGUUCAAAGAUCAGUUAUUAUUGCAAAAAACUGGAGUGAGUUCAUUGACAAAAAAAAUGAAAUAUCAUCAAAUUCAAAUACAUUUUCCAACUUUACAGUUAAAAAUAAGAGUCCAUUUACAGUUUUUGUAUUUUGUGGCCAAGGAUCGCAAUAUAAUCGAAUGGCAUUAGAACUAUAUGAAAAUGAAAAAAUAUUCAGACAAUGGGUAGAUAAAUUCGAUAAUGAACUUUUCAAAUACUAUGGGUACUCUGUUUUAGAAAAGCUAAGAUCAAUCGAUGAUAAUGAUAUGAUAUCAAUACAUGAGCCAAUUCUUGCACAACCUGCAAAUGUAAUGAUUCAAGUAUCAUUAUUCGAACUAUAUAAACAUUGGGGUAUCAAAUCAGAUUUAAUCGUUGGUCAUUCUCUUGGUGAAAUAUCAGCAUCAUAUUGCUCUGGUAUGAUUGACUUUGAAACAUUAUGUUAUUUAGUAUACCACAGAUCUGUAGCUCAAAAUAAAACAACUGGUACUGGUAGAAUGUUAUCUGUUAAUAUAAGUGCCGAAGAAUAUAUAUCAAAUUAUUCAUCAAAAUACCCAUCAAUUGAACUUGCCUGUUUCAACUCACCAUCAUCAAUUGUAAUCGCUGAAUAUAUUUCAAAUUAUUCAUCAAAAUACCCAACAUUAAACAUUGCUUGUUACAACUCACCAUCAUCAAUUGUAUUAUCAGGUAAAGAACAUUUAUUAGAUGAAAUUGUUACUGAUUUAAAAUCAAAAGAUAUAUUUUGUGCAAUGCUUGGAACAUUAUCAUCUCUCCAUACUUCCAGCCAAUUAGUUAUUAAAGAUGAAAUAUGUUCAAUGAAUAUUAAAUCAAAUCAAUCAACAACACCUGUAUUUUCAACGGUCACUACCAACUUAUUUAAUCACGAAACAACACCAUUCAAUUCAGAAUAUGUAUUUGAAAAUGUUUUACAACCAGUAAGAUUCACUCAAACCAUUUCAAACAUAUACAAAUACAUUGAAGAAAACAACUAUGGUAACGAAGUAACAUUUAUCGAAAUUGCACCACAUCCAACACUAUCAUUCUAUUUAAAUCAAAUGAAAUCAAAACAAUCAACAUAUUUCAAUAAUGGAGAUAAAAUAACUAUUCAUUCACCACUUCACAAAAAGAAAAAUGACUAUGAUGAAUUUUUAAAAACAAUUUCAACACUUUAUGUAAACCACUCAUUUAAUAUUAAUUUUAAAUCACAAAUAGAUAACAACGAUAGUAGUAUCAAUAACAGCAUUUCAGUCAAUUGUUUACCACCAUACCAAUGGGAUGAUAAAAUGUAUUUCAAAAAUAAUUCUACAUAUGAAAAGAUUAAAAAAGAAGGACCUCCAAUUCAAAAUCUUGGCAAUACAAAUGAAUCACCAUUUAAAUCGUAUCAAACAUUUAUUAAUACUAAAAAACAACCAUUCCAAUGGUUAAAAGGACAUCAAGUAAAAGGCAAAUACUACUUCCCAGGAUGUGGAUAUGUUAUAAAUUUAUUUAAUAUUUAUCCAAAUCAAGAUAUUACAAUUAAUAAUAUCGAAUUUAAAACACCAUUAGUCUUACAAGAUGGAGUCAAUCAAUGUUUACAAACAACAAUUAUCACACUAUCAAAGAAUGAAUACAAUGUCAAAUCUCAUUUCAAAGAUACAACUACAAAUCAAUGGGUAUUAUGCUCCACUGGUAACUUUAGUCUAUUCAAAAAUGAUAAUGAAAUUAACAAAAUUAAUAUUGAUAAUUUAAAAACCAAAUGUAAUUUCACCAAGCUAUCUAAAUCUGAUCUUUAUGAGUCAAUUAAAAUCAAAACUGGGUUGUCUUAUAAAGGCCUAUUCCAAGGAGUUAAAGAAUGCUAUAUUGGUGAUAACUGUUCAUUUUCUAUUGUGUCACUAAAUGAAAUUCAAAAUCAAAAUGAAUUUAAUCAUUUGAUUGAAAAUGAUUCAAUGAAAUCAUUCUUUAAUGCUGCGAUAUUAGAUUCAUGUUUUCAUGGUAUGCUAGGUUUUGCUAAACAUCAAUGUCAAAUUGUAUUAGAUAGAAUCGAAGGAUUAAAAUACUAUUCAAAAUAUAUACCACAAAUGAAUCAACAAUCUGAAUUAUAUGUAUAUUCUGAAAUGAAAUCAAGAAUUGACUCAUAUUCAUACUCUGGAUCAAUUAAAAUAAUGCUAAGUGAUGGUACAUUAUUAGUUGAAGUUUCAUUGAUUGUUUGUACAUCACUUACACCAAUCAUCGACAACACACUGAUUAUUCCACCACCAUCAAAUGAAAUCUACACUCCAUAUCAACAAUCAAAAGACUCUGUAAUUAACAAACCAGAAUCAUUCAAACAUUUAUACCAAAUUGAUGAACUAAGUGCUAAAGAACAAGACUAUAAAGUUAUAUCAAAUGAAUUUAUAUUCACACUCUUUUAUACACAUAUCAAUCAAAGAUGUCCAGAUAUCAACAAUGAAACAUUAUCAACAAUUGAUUACAACCAAUUUAAACAACUUUAUUACAGAGAAUCAAUAAAUGAAAACUUUUUUAUUUUUAUUUUCGAAAAUUUAAAAAAAUAUAACGAAUUAGAAAAUAAAAAACAAAUGAGCCCACACAAUAAAAACGAAGAACUAUUUGAAAGAGCAGCCAAAAUAAUGGCAAAACAAAUAUUCCCAUUAGAAAAUGAUGACCCAUACAUUGAUACUGCUGAAUCACUUUUUGAUGGUGGGUAUUUAGAAGACUUUUAUCAAACAUCCAAAGUUGUUCAACCAUUAAACAAUCUAUUGUGUGAAAUAAUUAUUGAAACUAUCAAACCAAUUGUUAACGAACCAAUUGUAUUUAGAAUAUUAGAAUUCGGAGGAGGUGUAGGCUCAUUAUCAAUUCUGGUACUCGAAAAGAUUAAUAAACUAUUAAUCGACAAUCCGUCAUCAAACAUUGACAUUGAGUUUACAUGGAGUGAUAUUUCUGCAUCAUUUUUUACUGAUAUCAAAGAAAAGUUUUCAAAUAUUAAAGGAAUCAAUAUUAUUUAUCGUGUUCUAGAUUUAGAAAAAGAAUUCAUUGAUCAAGAAUUAAAACCAUCAUAUUAUGAUAUGAUUAUAAUGUCAAAUGUAUUACAUGUUGUAAAACAACUUAAAUUCAGUUUAAAUGAAAUUCAUAACAUUUUAACACCAAACGGUCAAUUAAUUUAUAUUGAAUCUCCAUAUAAAUCAAUAAUAUUUGACUCUAUAUUCGGUAUAUUUUCCCAAUGGUGGCCAUCACCAGAGGAUAUAGAAAUUAGAAAAGAUAGAUGUUGUAUGAAACAAUCAAGUUGGUACAAAUUAUUAGAUGAAUGUAAUUAUAAAGAUACAAUAAUGUCAGAGAAUGAUGAGUUAAUGUUUUUAAUUCAAACAAGAAAACCAUCAAUAAACGAAACAGUUUUAUCAAAUACAGAAUCAAUGGAACAAUUGAAAUCAUUCAAUAACAUCAUAUUAUUUGGAAAAAGUGAUAAUUACAAAAUCAACCAAUUAUUUAAAUCAAAUAAUCAAUUAAAUUCCACCAAAAUAAAUCAAAUGAACAGUUUCAAAGAGUUUAAAUAUUGGCUUAAACAAUCAAUCGAUUCAAUUAAACAAUGUAAAACAUUAAUAAUGUUUAUGAAAACAAUUGAUACAUUAGAUGUAACCAACUUUAAAGAGAUAACAUUCGAAUACAUUCAAAUUAAUCAAAGUAUACUCCAACAUGAACUUUCAGAUUACUUUACACAUGUUCUAAUAUUAUUAAACUCAACAUCUGAUAACUAUUUAUCAUCAUCAAUCGUUGGUGCUGCAAGAUAUUUUGUAGAAUUUCCACAAUUAAAUCUAUUUAGUUUAGACUUUGAUAAUAUUUCACUUCAAAAUGAUAACAUACUAUCACUUAUCGAUAUAUUAAUAAAUCCAACAUCAAAUAUUCAAAGAGAAUUUACAAUUACAAAUAACACGGUGUAUUAUGAAAGAUAUAAAAAACAAAGCAAAUUUAAACAAACAUUUAAAUCUGAAUCAUUUGAAACAAACAAAGACAACUUAAUGGUUCAACUUGAUCCAAAUUUAGAAUAUGUAUUAAAAACUAAAAAACAACAAUUAAAACCAAAUGAAAUCGAAAUCGAAGUUAAAGGUACUGGUAUCAAUUAUAAAGACUAUUUAAUUUAUAUUGGUCAAAUAUCAAAUAAUAUCGAUAUCAAAUAUGGUAAAGAAGAAGAAGCUGAAAAUGGGGCAAACCAAAUUCCUAAUAUUGGUAAUGACUUUAGUGGUAUUAUAACUCGUUGUGGAAGUGAUGUAAAGAAAUUAAAAGUUGGUAAUGAAGUAUUUGGUAUAGCUUCAAAAACUAGUGGAUCACAUGUAGUUAUGGAUUAUAGAUAUGUAAAUUACAAACCAAAUAAUAUGAACCAUGUACAAGCAGCAUCUAUCCCAUCGAUUUAUGCUACUUCAUUACACAGUAUAUUCUAUACUGGUAAUUUACAAUCAGACCAAACAAUUUUAAUUCACUCAGCAGCAGGUGGCAUAGGUCUUUCAUCAUUAGAGCUAUUAAAGUAUAAACAACACAAAGGUUAUAUAUUUUUAACAGUCGGUUCAAAAGAUAAAGAACAAUACUUAAUAGAUAAAUAUGGCUCAUUUAUUACUGGUAUUUAUUCAUCAAGAAAUAAAAACUAUGUUGAACAAAUUAAAAAUAAAUUAUUAGAACUAGAAUGUGACAAAGAUCAUCAAGGUGUAGAUUUAAUAUUAAAUACAUUAUCAUCAGAAUAUAUGGAUUCAAAUUUCCAAUGUUUAAAUACUUGUGGUAGAAUUGUAGAUCUUUCAAUUACACAUUUAACACCAAAUGAUUAUAUGACAAACAAUCACUUUAAAUACAACUAUGGAUAUCAUAAUGUAGAGCUUGUAGAGUUUUCAGGAUCAUUAUUUAAAUAUUAUUUAAAAAAAAUAGUUAAAAUGUUCAAUUCAAACAAAUUAGAACUAAUUCCAAUCAUUGAAUAUUCAAAUAGUCAAUUCAAAAAUGCACUCGAAUAUAUCAAUCAAAGACAACAUAUUGGUAAAAUCGUAGUAAACCAUGAUUCUGAUAUGUUAUCUAAGGUACUCAAUGAACAACAACAAAAUAAUUCAGUUAUAAUGAAGAAUAGUUAUGAUAUAUCAAGAUUAGAUAUUGGUAAAAACAUAUUAGUAACAGGUCAAACAGGUAUUAUAUUAGAAAUAAUGAAAUGGCUUGUUAAAUAUUCAAACAAAUCAAUCGAUAAUAUUAUAAUCCUAUCAAGAUCACCAUUAAAAUGGGAAUUAGAACUAUUAAUCAACCAAACUAAACAUCAAAAAGAUAAUACAAUUAAAUUCCACUUUAAUCAAAUCGAUAUUGAAGAUAGCAAAGAAAUUCAAAUAUUACUAAACCAACUAGAGUCCAAUUCAAACAUUACAAACAUCGAUACAAUAAUUCAUUUUGCAUUUGUAAAUGAUAUUGGUGGUGUUCAAGAUGUCGAUAUAAAUCGUGUAAAUAUCGCACAUGGUGCAAAAACAAUUGGUGCAAUCAAUUUACAUAAUGAAUCAAUUCAACGUUCAUGGAAAUUAAAACAAUUUAUAAUGGCAUCAUCAGUUGUAUCAAUGAUUGGUUCGGAUCAACAAUGUUGUUAUGUUAGCGCUUGUAGUGUCGUUGACUCAUUAUCAAAAUUCAGAAAAUCUAUUGGAUUACCAUCACUAUCAGUUAAUUUAGGUGCAAUAUCAUCAACUGGUUUCGUUUCAAGAAAUGAUGCAAUCGAAACAAUGUUCCAUAGUUCAUUUUUUAAACUAUUUUCACCACAAUUAAUUUUAAGCUCAUUAGACUUAUUCAUUCAAAACAGUAGCAAAUAUUCAAACUAUUGUUUAUCUGAUUUCGAUUUUGAAAAGUUACAAUCAGAUAAGUCAAACUAUCAUCUUUCAAAACUUGAUUAUCAAACAAAUAUGAUUAGAAAAACAAACAAAUCAAUCAAUUCAUUAAGUGGUGAUAGUGAUGAAAGCAUGAAACAAUCAAUUAUAAACAAGAUUUCAGAACUAUUAUCAAUAGAAGAAUCAAAAAUAAAUCUAGAUCUCCAACUGACACAAUAUGGAACUGAUAGUUUAAUGCAAGUUCAAUUAAAAAACUGGAUAGAUAAUCAGUUUGGACAUAAUUUAAUUACCAUUCAACAACUACAAAAGAAUAAAAUUUCACAAUCAAUAGAUAUUAUUACCAAAACAUUCAAAAACAAUAACACAAAGAAAGAAUCAAUAGUAGACAAAGAAAAUAAAAAAUCAAUUGAAGAAUUUAUUCAAGAUGAAAUUAAAUUAGAAGAUUCGAUAGUAUCAAAACCAUUUUCAAUUGAAUCUAUAUUAAAUAAUAAUAAUAAAUCAAUAUUAUUAACAGGUUCAAAUGGAUAUCUUGGUGGAUAUUUAUUAAAUCAUUUAGUUCAAAUGCAAAGCUGUUCAAAAGUAUAUUGUUUAAUAAGAAAUAAAUCAAAUUCACCAAACCCAGUAAAUGAAACUAUAGAUAAUCUUAAACACCAUCAACUAUAUGACAGUCUAACUCAACAACAACAAUCAAAGAUUAUUGCAAUCACAGGUGAUAUUUCAAAAUAUAGACUUGGCCUUCCAAAUGAAACAUAUUCAAUACUUUCAAAUGAAGUAGAUAUCAUAAUAAACUCAGCAGCUGAUCUAAAUUUACAAUCAAACUAUCAAGAAAGUAAACCUGUAAAUGUCAAUGGUGUUAAAGAACUAAUUAAAUUCUCAGUAUCAAACGAAACACAAAAACCAAUUGUACAUUUUUCAUCAUUCUCAGUAUUCUUUAAUCAUUCAUUAAAUGGUGAAGAGUUUGAUGAAGAUAAAAUAUUACCAAGAUUUGAAAGUACAUCAAUAGGAUAUAUACAAUCAAAAGUAAUCACAGAAAAUCUUUUAACAUAUGCCGAAAAAUCAAGAGGUAUUCCAUCAUUAACAAUUCGUUUACCAGAUAUCUGGUCUAAUCCUGAAACUGGUAAAGGUCAUCCAAACGACCUUCUCCACCUAUCAAUUCAAGCCUCAAGUGUUAUUGGGUAUUAUCCAAAUAUAUAUAAAGACUUAUUUACUGCACCUAUUACAGUAUUAUCAAGAAAUAUAAUAAAUAUAAUAUUUAGCGAGAAAAGUUGGGUAAAUUCAAAUUCAAACUCAAAUUUAAUUUUUUCUCUAAAUGGUGAUUCGAUUGGAAUUAAAACAAUUUAUAAUGUAUUAGAGAAAUAUUAUAAUUGUGAAGAAAUAGAAUUUGAAAAAUGGCAAGAGAUAGUUUCACAAUCAAAUCAUAAAUCAUGUACCAAAUAUAAUACACAUAAAAUUCAAAAUAAAAAAACUUUUGUUUCGGAUAUUUUCGUUGAAAAAGGUUUCAAAAUGUCAAACAAAACCAAACAAUUAUUAAAAUCAAUUGGUUCAUAUGAUGAAAAAGAAUGGGAAAUUAAUAAUGAUAUGAUAAUAAAUAACAUAAAUUAUAAUAAAUAAUAAUAAAAAAAUAAUAAAAAAUAAAUAAGUUUUAAAUAAAGAAAUUUGUGGAUAUUAUUAAUUUUUAUUUUUGUGUGUUAAAAAAUAAAAAAAUAAAAUAAUAAAUAUUUCCAAACCAGAAAAAAAUAAAAUAAAAUCAUUAUUAAUAUAAAGAUU